AUGGAUUGCACGAAGGAGGAGUUGGAAAAAGCGAAUGUCUUUCAACUGAGUAUCCUGAUUCCGUUAAUAAAAAUUUUGGACAUUUAUAUGCUAAUGAAGCACGAAUUAAGCCCGGAUGAAUUUUGCAUUUGGUUAUUCGCUGGAGAAGAACCAACAGGGAAAUGUCAAAUCGAUUACAACCCUAUUAAACGUUUAUCUGUAAAUCUUGAAGAGUUUAAGGCUUUGUCGGAUUCGAUACAGGAUGGAAUCGUCGAUUUAUUUAUGAACAUUACUCGUUAUGAACAGUUUUUGAAGUCGAUAAGCAAAGAUUUUUUAAACAAACGGCGCCGUCGAAAUCACGAUAAUUUACACGAAACUAUGGUGCUUUUAUAUAUCCUGACGUAUCGAAUAUUCGCUUUAUUCUUCGAAGACUCGGUCGACUGCUUCAAUCACUUUAAAAUACAGAAAAUGUUGUUUUUGGUUUCGUACCUUCUUCUCUCGGAAACCUCGAAUCUUUUCCACGAGAAGGGUUGUUUAUUUUUCGAUGAGGAUUUCGUCGAACAGAAGCUAGUUUUGCCUCUCUUAGAAGCAACUCCCUGUUUAGAGAGACUACAGGAUCAAUUGAGAGAAGAAUUACGAAAAAUGGAAUACCCUAAAAAGAAACCUACUACUCCCUUAUUCAUGAAUGUCUUGAGUCGACCGAGACGUUUGAAAGUACCUCCUCCAACACCAGAAGACGUGGCAAUUAUGAGAUUUGCACGAGAAGUUCCAUCGACAAACUACCUGAAGCCAUCGACAGAGACGAAAUUGGAGUCGUUGAGGGCUAAGCAUAAGCUGCAGGCUAUGAAUUUAUUGAAGGAUGCGAACGAGAUGGCACCGAGUUGUUCGCAACAUCGUAAAGGUUUGGUCAAAACAAUGGAAGAAGAGAAGCCCAAGGCAACUUUCGCGAGGAGAUCGGUUCCAAAGUUCAAACCUGUGGAGGUGAAACAGACAGCAGCUUCGAUUUUAAGGGAGUGUGCACGCGUGAUAAGCGACGAAGAGAAAGAAAUAAAAAAAUUGAAGGAAUUAGUGGAGGGUGGAUUCGACUCGGCGUCGAUAUUAAAGCUCGAGGAAGAGGAGCGACAACGGAAACGGGAAGCGGAAUUAUUAAAAAUUCAGGAAAAGCAUCUUUUGGCGUUGCUGAGCCGUGAGGGCGCCUUCAUAGCAAAACAAUCGCUGUUGGAUGAUAUCAAACAUCAUGCAAAGAGCGUGCGAAAGGAGAAACAAGAAUUGUAUAAAAAACUGGAGAAAUGGAGGGAGAAUCAUAACAAAGAAAUGACGGAAAUUGUCGAGAGAUGCCACGAAAUUGAACGAGCAUCCCGUGAUGCUUUUAAUGCCAUGGUCGACGAAAAACGACAGAAAGCCGCUGAAGUUUCGGAAGAGUCGCGUCAGCUGAAAGCGCAGAUGAUUAAACAAAGAGAAGAGGAGACUCAAAGAAAAAUCAAAUUGAUUCAAGAAAUAAAAACAAUUCAGUCAUUGCGUGCGUUGCCUUUCAAGGACUUCGAUCCAACGGAAUCUAGUGGCUUGGGACUUUUCUGUGAAAUGUCCUUGGCAGAGUUGAAGGAGAGGUUAUUUUGGAUGAAAAUGAAAUUCAACGAGGAAGUCGAGAAUCGGAAGACUGUCGUCCAGCGAGAACGCGAGAGACAGAAAAAUUUGAUCAGGGACAGUCAAAGAGCCCUUGAAAACUACAAAGCUAGCAAGUUAGUUAUCAAAAAACGCUUCUCAUUAUAAAUACAGAUUAUUUUUUAUUUUUUUAGACGCAGCCUCUCAUCGUCUAAAGCUCGGCAACAAUCUUUGUCGGUUAGUUCGCCCGAAGUUGAUGGCUUACGAAAACAAUUGGAGGAACGAAGAGCUUUAAGAUUGCAAAAGGAAACUGCACCACGCUCGAAGUGAAUUUAAAGAUGAUCUUCUUAAUUUGACAUGAAACGAUAAUUAUGUGUCGCGUAAUAUUAUUCGGUUGCAAUAGAUUCAUUUGCGACUGUUGUUGAUUUCUGUCGUGAGUAGACUGCAACAAGUUACAACAUAAUUAUCCCCUAGCGGAAUAACGAAUUACUAUUACGAAUACUAUUGCAUCAUGUUCGACGUUAACUUUUUAUUCUGUGAUCUGUGAAUUAUUGUUGCAUUAUGUGCGACGUUAACUUUUUAUUCUGCGAUGUCUAGUCACGGUUUUUAACGCCAUUCAACUUCAGUUAAACAUCUCAGACACUUUGUGAGGAGAUUUUGUAUAUGAAGAUAAUUUUUUUUUGUUGAGGUAAAAUUGUGGUUUGUUGGGUUACAGAAUGAGCAAUUUUCGAGAACGUCUAUUAUGGAAACGAAUUAUCGAAAGGGAAUCAAAUUUGUCGUUACAAUUUCUUCAAAUUCAACCUAAACAUAUGUGUAAUUGUAAUUUGAAUAAAUUAACACGUAUUAACUAUUCAUGUAUAAAGCUUGUUUGUAUAUAAAUGGAUGAUUAGUAUUCAUACAUAUACAAUGAUGAUGGUAGUUUCUCAAACGCUAUUACUUAUUUA